AUGCUCGGGAAUAUGUUGAAAGUCAGUCAAUGUCUGCGGCUCCGAGCGGGCGUACGGGCCCACCACACUGAUAGUGCCUUAUAUUUGACGGGUCGCACGGCUUCCUACCGCACGAACGUGGUCGUGCCCGAAAUUGGCCCAUUAUCCCUCGAGCGCGUGAAACGCAAUUUAGCGGCUAGACAAUUGAGUGAUCAGCAUGAUCUUCCGACCCUUGAGCUGAGUCAAAACUAUGUAAAGUGGUUCCAGCAAGAAGAGGAACGGGCUCUGGGCCAAUUCCAAAGUAGCCCAGAUUCCGGGGUGAUGGGGAAGGCCCUCAGUGACUUACGAGCCGAACGAUGGGCAGUCGAGGAAAAAGUAGCAUUGGCCACAUUGGCCUUGCCCAAUGAUUUAGAAGAAGACUGGUGUAAGGAUCACGACAUUGAUAUCCAUGUGCAAGGCUCGCCUCCUCGCUUUGAUUUCGCUGCCCGAUGCCACCUUGAACUUGCCGGCGAUCUCCUUGAGAUGUCCAACCACUCGCCGCAAGCCUUUUAUCUUUUGGGGUCAUUGUCUCGACUUGAGCUGGAUCUAAGCAACCGAGAUCAAGAUUACUUGCGGCAAUGUGACUUGAUUCCCUUUGCCAAUCCAGACUUUGCUAAAUCGGUCGUGAUCGAAGGUUGCGGUGUCGAUUUUUUCGACCCCAAAGCCGAAUUUGCUCUUGAACCUGCUCAAGAUUUCCAAGAUCGACAGUCCACCCAAGGGAUGCAUUUGGUGGGCGGGGCCUCGAUUUACCCUUUCGUUAGUUUCUUGUGUAAAAAUGUCGUCCAAGCCACUUCGGCCCUACCGGCCACGUUUUACACUUCAGGCCGUCGAUACCGCCCUUUGGCGACGUUUGAAAAUAGAGGACUGUUCAACACUCAGCAAACCACAGCAGUGGAGCUUUUCAAUUUCAGUGAGAGUCACGAUACCAUGAAAUCACAACUAGUGUUUCUUCGUGACAAGUUUAUAGAGUUAUAUGAUUCCUUAGAUAUCCAUUACAAAGUUGUUGCCCUCUCCGCCCCGAAGUUACACACUAACGAAUCCUGUAAACUGUCCUUCCAAAUGUAUAGUCCGAAAUUGGAUGAAUACAUAGAGGUGGGCUCUAUUCGCGGACACGGCCAAUACUUGAGUGAACGUUUCAUGCUCAAAGCCGUGAAAGACAAUAGCCAAGAUUUACAAAAUCUGUAUUGUUUGAGUGGAACCGUUUUGAAUAUCACGAAGGUGCUCGGCUGUCUCGUUGAGAAUUCUCAAACCGAGGGGGGAAAUUUUCACAUAGCAAUCUGAGUUGGCAAUAAAGUGUAUUUCAUCAUCUUCGGA